UGACUGAAGAACUCCAAUCUUUUGUUAGAAUUCAGAACGCCGUUUUGGCCUUGCGCCUUCUCGGUUGCGCCCUUUUGGCCUGCGCCUCUUUGGGCAUCCCAAGACUUUCGUUCUAUUUUUAUCGCUGCGUUUUUAUUUUUUAACUUUUUGUUGAUGGCUUUUUUGUUUUGCCUAAUCAUUUUUCUAGUUAUUUUUUAAAUAUAAUCGUUUCUGAUAUUUAAAGAAUUUUUAGAUUUUUAUUUUUUUACGAAAUUUAUUUGAAAACAAAAAUGGAUCCAGCACUUUUAAAAGCUCGACAAGAUUUUAUGAGACAUGCAAUUAGUUCAAUGGAUACAUUACAACAAAUUAAGAAAGAUGGAAGUGGAGGAGCAACAUCGUCGUCUUCAACAUCCCAACAAAAAAGUAAAAGGAAAAGAGUGGUUGCUUCGAAAGAUUCAAAAACCGCUGCAUCUUCGUCUACUGGGGCUAAUAAUAAUAAUGCUAUACAAAAUGCAGCAAAUUUUAGUAUGAUGGCAAAAAUAGUGGAUUAUAUGCGUAAACGACAUUUAAAUGUACAACAAUGGGGAUUGACUUUAAAUGAAAUACUUGAUGAAAUGCAGGUCUACGAUUUAAAUAAGAAAACAAUUCUUUGGUUACAAGAAGCGCUUAAACAAAAUCCCCGAUUGGACUCUGAUAAUGAAAACAAAUUAAUUUAUAAACCGCCACAUAAAGUUAAAAAUAAGGCAACCUUGUUUGCCCUUUUAAAGAAGCAACAUUCUGAUGGAAAGGGAGGGAUAUUGCUUUCAGAAUUGGGUGAUUGUGUGUCAAAUCCUGAAGCUUUAAUUAAAGCACUUGGAUCACAAUGUAUUGCUUUACCGACACAGAUAAACAAAAGAAAAGACACAGUUCUCUUCUUAAAUGACGAAGAUACAGAUUACCAACUUGAUGAUGAAUUUGUUCAACUUUGGCGUUCAGCAGGCGUCGAACAUUUAGAUGAAACAAAAAUUGAAGAAUAUUUGCAAAAGCAUGGACUUGAAACUGCGAGGGAUUUGGCGCCAAGAAGAAAUAUUGGUGAGGGAACAGCACCAAAAAGAAAACAACCAAAGAAAGCAACUCAGAAAGUUCAUAAUGUACAUUUAGAACAUGUUUUGGAAGAUUAUGAAGCAGAUUAA